AAGAAUCUGCCUUCCGCUUGCACACCGGGUCGGCCUGGAAAUCCACUACCGGAGACCCUGUGUUAUUUAGACGCCCACACGAACAAAUUAAGGUCCAGAAAGAACACAAUGUUCCGAUUGAUUCCCUUUUCAGAGAGUAGAAUGUCUGGUUCAUUGUUGCUCAGAUCCGCAGGCCGCGUCGUUCAGCGGUCGAUCCCGCAACCGCAAGGUUCUUUCCAUCGGAGCCCGGUCCGGCUGCUCUCCGGUGGUGCUGGGAGGUUCGAACGACCCAAUGAGCAUUCUAGCUCAAAACCCAACGUCGGACACACCAAGAGAUUUGAGGAUGGGGACAUGUGUUUUUGCCGAGGCGCUGACCAACAAAGGGAAUUGAAAGAGCUUGCCUCUGACUUGCGUGCUGUGAAGGAAAAACUUCGAGUCACUGAACAAAUAGUUUUCGAAAAUGAAAAAUCGUACAAUCGACGAGAAAAGGUGUUAAUGUGUGCUUCACUUCUCAUUGUUGCCUUCUGGGUAUUCAGUUGAGGAGAAGAUAUCUGUUGGAAACCUGGUUACGGUGAAAACUUUGUGGGAACUACUUUAGAGGUUCUCAACUAUUGUAAGAAAAAGCAUUAUAAGUUGGUGUUCUAUAAAGAUGUGAAUUUUAGGUUCAAACUCAUAAUCGUUCCGGUGUUAUUGGAUAAGAAAUCCAGCAUGAAUAGUGAGUGGUACUGUUUGCCGUGAUUCA